AUGAGUGCGCAAAUAAAAGAUAAGAUAGCCAACUGCAGCAUCUGUCAAGCAUACGCGACAGCUCAACCGAAAGAGCCCAUGAUAGCAACAAAGCCCCCAGACCUUCCAUGGAUGCAAGUAGCCUCAGACAUUUUCUACUUAGAAGGACACAACUACAUACUAACAGUCGACUAUUAUCCCAAGUAUAUAGAGGUAACCAAGCUAACAGACAUGACAACGUCACAAAAAAUCGAAGCUUUGAAAGCACACUUUUCUGCCCUGGUAAUACCUGAGAAGUUAAAUAACAGACAAUGGAACACAAUACUCAAGUUCACAGUUCAGUUUGCCAAGGAGUAUGGUUUUGAACAUGUAACAAGCAGCCCUCGUUACCCCCGUUCAAGUGGUGAAGCUGAAGCCGCGGGGAAAACUGUGAAGAGGAUGUGGACCAAAUGCAAAGACAAGUAA